AUGUUUUCAAUGACUAUUCUCUCAUAUCGAAGAAAUAAAAAAAAUGCAGACCCAAAAUAUCAGGAAAACCUUGCUCAUGUUAUUAAGGAUAUAAUUUUAGGAGGUGAUCAUUCAACUCAUUCAAAAAAUCGUAAGAAGGCUAAAAAAGCAGUUAAGGCUUUACAAGAUGAAACGGCAGCAAAGGGCAUGAUAAAUGUAUUAAAAGCAAUGCCAGACCCAAACAUACCUUCAAUGGAAGUUACAGUUAUAGAAGAAGAAGAAACGAAAUCAACAAACCCUUCUGAAUCAUCUAGUAAAAAAAUAAAAAAAGAAAAGGUCACGAUUAAUCCACCUUCAACAAGUUCCAUUAAAUUAUUUAAACCACCUCUGGAUAGCAUUUCGGCUUAUGUUUACUGGUGGGGUUAUGAAAUUUAUGUCCCACAAAAUUGUAUGGGCAGAUUAGAUCAAGCUCAGAGCGUUGGUGGCAGUUUUUUGGGAUUUUUACAAGUGGUAGCAGGAAAUGCUUCUGCUAUUUCUCCUUAUUUCGGCUUUAUUUCGGCUUGGGUCAGUUUACAAUUUACUGUAAUUAAAGCUCAAAAUCUUGGUCAAGGUGUUGUUUUGGCUGCUACUUGGGUUCUUCCCGUGGCUUUAAUUCCAAGAGCAUGGGAUGCACCAUUCGAAUAA